GACCUACUGGAGGUGCGGGGAACUAAAAAGCGGCGGAACUCGAGACAAAGGGAGCGGCGUGGACACGGGAUGGAGAAGCGAGGGCCCGGUAGGCCUAGUUUUCAGGCCGCGCUCGUGGUUGGGAAGGGAUGGAAGUCCUGCGGGUCCUGGAGCUGUACAGCGGCAUCGGCGGCAUGCACCACGCGCUGCGAGAAAGCUGUGUCCCUGCACACGUGGUGGCUGCUGUCGACGUGAACACUGUGGCUAAUGAAGUGUACAAGCACAACUUUGCUCACACACACUUACUGGCAAAGACGAUUGAAGGCAUUACACUGGAAGAGUUUGACAAAUUAUCUUUCGAUAUGAUUUUAAUGAGCCCUCCAUGUCAGCCGUUUACAAGAAUUGGUCUGCAGGGGGAUAUGACUGAUCCAAGGACAAAUAGCUUCUUGUAUAUUCUAGAUAUUCUCCCAAGAUUACAAAAAUUACCCAAGUAUAUUCUUUUAGAAAAUGUUAAAGGUUUUGAAGUAUCUUCUACAAGAGGCCUGCUGAUACAGACAAUAGAAAAUUGCGGCUUUCAGUAUCAAGAGUUUCUAUUAUCUCCUACCUCUCUCGGCAUUCCAAAUUCAAGGCUGCGGUAUUUCCUCCUUGCGAAGCUCCAGUCAGAGCCUUUGCCUUUUCGGGUCCCUGGCCAGGUAUUGAUGGAGUUUCCUAAAAUUGCAUCUGAACAUCCACAAAAAUAUGCGGUAGAUGAAGAAAAUAAAACUAAAGCAAGGCACAUUGAACCAAGUAUGUGCUGUGAUAGCCACAGCACACAAAGUUCUAGAAAAGGUGCCGUCCUUUUUAAACUUGAAACUGCAGAAGAAAUUGACAGGAAAUGCAAACAGGACAGUGAUCUCUCUCUGCGGAUGCUGAAGGAUUUUCUCGAAGCUGACACUGACUUGAAUCAGUACUUUCUACCACCAAAGUCAUUGCUGCGAUAUGCUCUUUUACUGGAUAUUGUGAAGCCCACUUCCAGAAGGUCCACGUGCUUCACCAAAGGUUAUGGAAGCUACAUAGAAGGGACGGGCUCUGUGUUACAGACUGCAGAGGAUGUGCAGCUUGAGGACAUCUACAAAUCUCUUAUUGAUUUGCCACCAGAAGAAAAGAUAGCAAAAUUGUCCACGCUUAAGCUGCGAUAUUUCACGCCUAAAGAAAUUGCAAAUCUCCAGGGAUUUCCUCCAGCGUUCGGAUUUCCUGAGAAGAUAACAGUGAAGCAGAGGUACCGGCUGCUCGGAAACAGUCUCAACGUGCUGGUAGUGGCCAAGCUGAUCAGAGUGCUGUGUGAAUGACUGAGAGCGACACUGUGCUGUCCUUCACUUCUAGAAGGAUUUCUAAAUUCUGUUUUGAAGUAAUGCUGAUGAAAUUCAGCUAAAUUAUUUUGGUAACUUUUUGGUAAAUAAUUGGGAAUUUAUCAGACACAUGUCCAUGUAAGUAAGAUUCUAUUGGGUUUUAUGAGACAGGAUUUCUCUGUAGCUCUAGCCCUGGAACUUGCUAUGUAGACCAGGCUGGCCUCCCUCUCACAGAUACCAGCCUGCCUCUGCCUCCAGAGUGCUGAGAUUAAAGGUGUGACCACCACACCUGGCAUUGUUUCUUAAACUUAAUUUUAUCUCAUGAACAUCAAAUUACUGUUUUGCUGUAUAGAGAUGUAUUUUUAUGAAGCUUUUAAAUAUGUGUAUGAAAUGCCUUUAUGCUACAAACACAUUUAAGAAUGAAUUUUUAUGUGUGUUUAAAAGUAUGAAAUUAAUAACAAUGAUCCUUAGAAAUUGUGUAUUUCGUAUACUCAUUUAAAAUUGGUUUAUGUAUCUUAUUACUUUACAUUUUUGUUAAUUUCUCCUAGUUCAAAACUGAUUCUAGUUCUAGCUUACUGAAUUUUUUGCUUAAUCCCAAUUUUUCUUAGACAAAAUGCAUAUAUUUUAAAUCAAAUUAUCAUUAUUCAACUUAGCCGUCUGAAAAAACAUUAGAAAAACUCCUAAAUUCUUUUAUUUUUUAUUUUAUGUGUAUGAGUAUAUUGCCUGCGUGUGUGUAAGUACACCUGUGUUGUGCAAUGCCCAGGGAGGUCAGAAGAAGGCAUCAAA